GACAAACCACAAUCACCCCAACCGCAAGCAUCCCAACCAUAACCAGCCGAGCCUCAGUUAUAACCAGCCAAGUCACAACCAGGCCAGCCAUAACCAGCCCAGUCACAACCAGCCAAGCCACAACCAGCUCAAACACAACUUCCCGAACACCACCCUUAACAACUUUGCUAACGACCCUUUCAGACGGACCUACCCCAACGUCUCCCUCAAACGGACCUACCCCAACGUCUCCCUCAAACGCAGCUACCCCUACGUCUCCCUCAAACACAACUACCCCUACGUCUCCCUCAAACACAGCUACCCCUACGUCUCCCACAAACACAACUACCCCUGAAUCUGAUGAUGAUGGUUUAAGCACAACCCAUAUUGCAUUAAUAGCGGGAGGAGCAGCAGUUGGUGCUAUUUUGAUUAUUGUAUUAGUAAGUAUUUUUAUCCGUUUAUUUUAUGUUAAACUGAUAUCGUCGUUUUAACCAGUUCCGAUCGUUCUGGUAGAAGUCUUAAUUAUAGUUUGGUUUCACUCAGCACUAUCGUGGCAUCGUGCACCAAUAAAAGUGAUUGAAGGCUCAGAAACAUCUACAACCAAGGAGAUCCUAAAAUAUUUCCGUGUAGUAGUUUUGUAUUUGAAGGCUGAUGAAGACAAUAAAUAAAAGAGAUGUAGUUUAGUUUUCUUUCUUCCAUCAAUGUCAACAUUUCUAAAGUUACCAGCAUCAUUUGAAGUUGCCGUUUAAAGUUUACUGCAUGAAACUCACUUAACUAUUAAGUGAAUUAAGGCUGAUUUCCAGUUACGCGUUUUUUUUACGUGCGUCUACGCACGUAAAACUUUGAAUCCUUCUGUUUUUUUAAAUAUUUUACAAAGAAGUUAACAAAUGCAUACUAAAACGUGCGGAACACUAAAUUCUGUUGCUUUAUUUAUUUGGUUAUUUCAUAAGUAACAUUUAAACGGAUUUAAAGUUUUACGUGCGUAGACGUACGUAUAAAAAAACGCGUAACUGGAAAUCAGCCUUUAAUUAAAGAGCGCAGGAACAAGGUUGGAUAGAAAUUGUGUAGAUUUAUCUAACCAGGAGCGGCAGGAAUCGAACCUAUGCAUGGCCCUGCGAUUCCGGUGUAGCGCUCUAACCAACUGAGCUACAGACAGAUAGAUAGAUAGAUCAGAUAGAUAAUUUAUUUAAUCAGGUAUCACAGAGGAGCUAGAGUGUGGUUGUCGAGCUCUAACCACAAGCUCAUGCAUAAACACUAAGAUGAUGACAAUGUAAAGUGCAGUGCCGUCGCGAGGAACUCGCUUCAGGGGGUGUCCCCCCCCUCCCCCCCGCUCGCUACGGCCCUGGUAAAGUGCAUGGGUAAAUAUCAGGAUUUUGGGAUCUUCCCUUUGUAGAUCUUCCCUUCUCGUAGAACUUCCCUUCCCGUAGCUUAGUUGGUUAGAGCAACUGUGCAGAUGUAUUUUGUCAGAAAUUUAAAAACAUUUAUACAUGUUUAUACUCUAGGUGGUGGUGGUUGUGAAACGCAAAAUAAAAGCGAAAUCGGGGAAUGUAAGUCCUUUGCAUAAUGGUGAAAUGCAACUGGAAGGCGGAGCUGGCAGCACAUGA